AUGGUAGAAGAGAAGAAUGCAAGCAUGAAGCUGACGAUUGAUGAUUUAGAGACUUUCCAUGUGAUAACUGAGACAAAAGUGAAAGAACUGAAAACUAUUCAAAAGUCUUUUUCUCAGCAUCAAGACAAGGAGCUCUAGGAGCACAAUGCAGUACAAAGAGUGAUUGCUGAUUUAGUCUAAAUACUCUUAGGUCAUGUUGAGCACGAAGAUGCUCUAAAGAUAUUCCAAGAGUAAUAUGGAGAUAACUUCGGGUAAAAACAAGGAGAAGAACAGUAAUAAACUGAGACCACUGCUGAUCCCAAGAACUAUGACUAACUCUUCAGAUCUCUAUAAACUUAACUCAAGGAAAUGUAGUAUUCAGUGAAGACUUUAGUUUUACAAAAUGAUCAUGCUUAAAAGAAAAUUAAAGAAGAGGAAUCACAACCUCAACAUUAAAAUUAGAAUCAAGAGCAACUUAAUUUAGUGCCAGAGAGGCUUGAUACUAUUGACUAAAGAAUCCAAGAGCUUGUUGAAGAAUAAAAAAGAUUAACCUAACUUUAAAAUGAUUUGAAUGCAAAGUCCUAAGAUAAAAAGGAUUCAUCAUCUGUUGAACUUGAGAAACUUGAUAUGGUGACAAACAUGCUUAGGAAGUAAGCUGAAGACAUUAGCACAGUUAAGGCAAAUAUUAUUGAUUAGUAAGUAAAUAAAAAAGUUGAAAGUCAUCACUAAAGCAGAGGGGACAACGAUGAAAAAGAUUAGGAAUUAUUGAAAGUGGUGCAGUAAUUAGCUUAGGAUACAAGUGCUAGGCUAGAUGAAAUACUAAGUUUUAAGGAUAAAUUAAUAACAAUUCUUAGCUAACAAGACAAAAUAAUAGAAAUGCAAGAUUAAAAUAAGCUCUUGAUUCAAUAAUCAGCAUCAAUUGUUGAGAAGAUUGAGCAGAAAUAAGAGGUGCCUUAAAUUAUCCAAAUGCCAUAACACUUACAAUAAUAUAAGGGAGAGAACCAAGAAGCUCAGUAUGAGACCUAUUAGAGAGUUGCAUAGAAUAUAUUUGAUAGAAAGGUGGAAGCCUCAUGGGUAAACCAAGGCCCUAAGUUCCAGGUCUAAAGCAAAUACUCAUUUGCUGUUAUGACUCAAUAGGAUUAUGUCUUUGUUGACGGUAAUCACAACAAUGUCGAUGUCCUUAGAAAAGAUGAUUUGAGUCUGAUUGGAACUCUUAAGACAGAUAAUAAUGCAGUCUUCUCUUUCCUCAUGCAAGGACUCAAAGUAUUUGUAGGUUGUGCUAAUAACAAUCUUUUUGUUUUUGAAGUUGACACUUAAAAGAGAAUCAAGGACAUCAAAUCAACAAACAUAGUCUACUGUUUCCAUUAAUUAGAUUACAACACCAUUCUUUGCGGUUAAAGAGAUGGACACAUUCAAAUUCUACAAGCCAACAAUUUGUCUAAAAUCUAAAAUUUCUCACUCAAGGACACUAGCCAUAUUAUCUAGGUUAAUAAGACAUUUAAGCAAUCUGAAAUCAUUAUGGCUUGCAGUAGAGGACUCUUCUUCGCUGAUAUUGUUGACCUAGGAGACUACAGACUUACCUUGAGUAAUGAAGUUUAUUUCAGAGAGUAGGAUAUUAAAGCUGCUAUCGAAUACAAAAGAGAUUCAGUAGCAACAUGCAUCGAUAUGGAUCUAAAUGUGUAUUUGAUAGAUAGAAAACAAAGACUUUGUAUUAAAACUAUUGAAAAUCCUUCUGGUAGUGAUAGACCUUUGUGUAUGAGACUUAUUCCAAGUUUUGAUAUAGAGAAAAUGCCUUUCGCAUUGCUUAGAGAUCAAGAGGGAAUUACUCUUGUCAAUCUCAAGAAUCCAGGAGCCUAUAAGAUAUUCUAGAGCUGGUAUCAUUAACUUCCAUUCCCUUAGAUGCUACUUGACUGCUACAAAGUAGUUGAGACAGGAGCUGUUAUUUGCUAUCUUGUGGAAUAUACUGGCAAAGACUCAACAGUAGUUAAGUAUGAGCUUACUGGAGACUACAUUGGAGGACUUAAGUUAAUGGCUAAGAAUGAUAUGUGA